GAAAAGGUCAGUCCUUUGGGACGUCAGACACAAAAUCUUGUUUUGUCACUCGGUCGUCCUGUGGAGAGUUUUUACGUGCCGAAAUGCACGGGAAUCGCCCUUGUGUGGAGUUCCCAUAGACAGCUUUCUUCACAACACGUGAGAGAGAAGGGAUACUGCUCUGAGCUACAGGAGUGAGGGUGUUAGUUACGCAAGUCUUGAGGAAAAGUUAGCAGAAACAAGUCGGAUUCGCGAGGAGUUGAACAGCUGCAUUCCCAGCGUUCUUCCCCACCGAGGGCGAUGUUUCCUAUACCUCCAUGUUCUCCCAUAUGAAGACUGAGAAGGGAAGGCGGUAUCUCAUCAUGAUACGCCAGGAUGGGACAGACCACGUUGGUUACUGGCCGGUGGUUCGGGACGGAGGCAAGCUGGUUGUGUCCGACAGUCACCCUGCACCGGGACACCCUUCACCGGCGCAGCGUGGACACGAUUACCUCAUCAGCCCCGUACACUCCCAUCCUAAAGCCCUGGAAGUACAAAAGGAACUGCAGACGUUAGACAAUGUGUUUGAUGAAGUAGAGACCAUGGUGAACAGACUCAAGCUCGGAGACAGAUGGGGAAGGAAUGUUAAACAGUCGCACCUGCCUGUCAUGAUACCGCGCGUGAAGUCCAGAACACCUGAAGGAUUUCACCAAGGAAGCGCGAACCACGCGUCGGACUAUGAGCGGUUAUUGGUGAAGAUUAAACACGCGUUAAACAUGCUGGGGAGACUCCGGGAGUACAUCAUGCAGCCAAACGCGCCGGAGUUGGUCCAUACGCUGUUUUCGUUGCUGGCGGCGCUGAAAGUUCACAACGGUGUAAUAGAGAGGACUGCACCCUUGGUGCUUGAACCUAUGUUGACGCCAGCUGCCACAAAACUGUUGCAAAACUGCCUGUCGUCAAGAGAGAUGCAGCUGUGGCAAUCUUUAGGAUCAGCUUGGACAACUCCAAGUGAAGGCGCAGUCGGACAUAAACCGGAGAUGUAUGCAUCACCGUGGCACUAUAACGACAGGAUAGAAAGACCCACUCCACAGUUACAGAGACCAAGUCCAAGACCAACAAGGCGAAGAGGAAGCAAAGAUGACGUUCUGUUUGACUAUCACGACGAGACGUCAUCGGAGGACCAGAGUACGGGGGUCCACACGGUCACCAAGAACUUCGGGGAGAAGUUUAGCACGAUAGGGUCAGACUACUACAGCCGGCAGUCUUCAACAACACACAGCCUGGCGUCACUUUCACUAGAUGAUGAAGACGAUGAGGAGGACAGAAGAUGGAGAAGAUGGAAAGUGGAUCCUAAAACAUUUGAAGCGAGAGAGCCAGACACCGACAGUGUUGCAACAGACAGUUCUUGGACAGCGGUUUGGAUAAACACUGACAAACAAUCUGCGGCAAGACCCAAACGAGAAAACUGGAAUCACUAUAAAUCACCUGAGUCAGUGGUGGCAGACUUGAAGCACAAAAACAGAUCUUCAGCGCUGGAUAAGAGUUAUUCAGCAAAAGAAGUGGCGAAGUGGAUGAAGAAACACGGCUUCAGCAGGUCCAGUAUCGAUGCCUUCCAGGGUCUGGACGCUGACCGCCUCCACGGACUGACCAAGAGGGAGAUGGAAAUCGUUUGUCCAGAGGAGGGUGCCAGAUUGUACAACCUCAUAGCGGGGUGAUGAACUGACCAGAAAAAAAAAGCAUUUUAUUGGUUUAAGUCUUCAUGACCA